UUUUUUUUUUUUUAAGAAAUAAUGGCAACCACUACACUUCAACUUUAUUGGGAUCUUGCUUCAUUUGAUCCUAAUGCUCGACAAACAGCAGCUAAUUCUCUAAUUAAAUCGCUUGCCAACUUUCAAAAGGCACAUGAAGAAAGUUUAGAAAACAAGGAGGAGGAUAUUGCCGACACAGAAGAAAAACUUGAUCUUCUUUGUGCCUCUGAUGUUUCAUAUGCUGUUCGUCGUUUACUUCGUGGUCUUUCUUCUUCCAGACAGGGAGCUCGUCAAGGUUUUUCUUUGGCUUUGACUGAACUUCUUGCCAUGGUCGAUUUGAUUGCUACUAAACUUGUUCUCGAUCUUUUAUUCCAAUACACAGAACGUACUAAAUCUAUGAGUGGCGAUGAGACUCGUGACAUGUUAUUUGGACGUCUUUUUGGUUUAAUGUCGAUUGUUGCUGCAGGUAUGAUUUCUAGAUCUUCAACUAGUACCGAAGAUAUUUUACGUAUUGUGGAGAGUUUACAUGAAAUGGCCAAAUGUAAAUCAUAUCUUGCUGAAGUUUGUCAUCAUGUUGUAAUUAAUCUCCUUCCUUAUUUGAAGGAUACAAAACAUGAAUCUGAAGUAGUUGAAAAGAUUAAAGAAUUAUUUAUGAAUGGCCCAAUUACUAAUGUCGAUCAGCUUAAUCUUGUUCUUGGCAUUCAACAAAAACUCGAUAAUGUUGACUUGUCCAAUCAAUUAACAAACUUCAAAAGCUCAACUAUUUUGGAUCCUGCCAACUUGACUAUUUUAUCUAACAUUUUGAAAGAAAUUCCUGCUGAUACCCAAGAAGCUUUAGCCGAUUGGAAGCCUCAACUUCAUUCUGUUUGGGAUCCCAUUCUUGCAAUUUAUUUCCAAGAAUCUCAACCCAAGGGUAUUGCUUCUUUCCAAGAGUUUUGGAAUGUUGCUGUUGAUAACACUAUGUUUGAUAAGAAUGCUUCUCAUGGACGUAAAUUUUGGGGUUUCCAGCUUGUUGAAAAAGUAUUGCGUCGUCUUUCUCCCGAUCAAAUGCCACUUAUCUUUACCGCAAAUUUUAUGAGAACAUUUAUUAACAAUCUUUCAUCUGAAGACCGCUUUUUAAACAAAGCUGCUAAGCACACAGCUCAAGUUAUUCAAAAUGUUGCUGAAGAGAAUAAGCAAGUAGGUUUUGCUUUGAUUACACAACUUUUGGGUAAAAAUGGUCAUCAAAACUUUGAUCGUAUUACUCGUACAAAGACUGUAGAAAAUUUGUUAACAACUAUGGAUGCAGAGGGCAUUAAAUCUUAUCUUGAAUAUCUUGCUCAAACCUUUGUAAAGACAGAAGAAGCUUCCAGUGAAUCUAGUCGUGAAUGGGCAUUAAAUCAAAUGUCUUUGUUGAUUACAAAUCCAAAGAUCCCCAAGGAAGAAGACUGGGUUAUUGAACUCGUCCGAUUUUUGAUGAUGUUUACUUUCUUUGAUAUUAAAUCCAAUGAUAAGAAUAAGUCCUAUUUAUCAGGUCUUCAUAGCCCCUUGCCUGCUUUGUCUGAAGCAACCCUUAAAUUAUGUCAGGAGCGCUUCCAAUCCAUUUUAGUUGCUCUCAGCAAGCUUGUCCCUACACAAACUGCUCCUCUCAAGACUCGCAAAUUGAAUGGUACAACCAACAAUGGUGAAUUGUGGGCUUAUCAAGUCAUGGAAAUCUAUCAAACUUUAACCAAGAAUAAGAAAUUAUCAUCACGUGUCACACUUACCCCUGAAACGCGUGAGGUUACUGAAAAGGCUCUCAAGAUGAUCGAAAAGCUUAGAACCAAGAUUGCCAAGAUGGAUAAAGCUAUAGGCUAUGAUAGUGUUGAACGUGGAUUUGAAAUUCUCUUUUUGAAUAUUAUUCUUCAUACAUUAAUUAAUGAAACAGACGGUGUAUCGAUUUUAAGCGAAUUAAUUGAUUGUUAUGAAAAGACCUUUAAUGCACCCAAGACACAAAAGAAGAAUAAAAAGGCUAAAAAGGAAGAAGAAGAGGAAGAGGAGGAGGAGAAUCAACCCGAAGCUAUUGAUGUUAUUGUAGAUAUUCUUGUUUCUUUCUUGACGAAUGAAUCCCCUGUGCUUAAGAACCUUGCUGAGCAAGUGUUUGAAAUUUUCUCUCAUAAAUUAACUAAACAAUCAUUGGAAAUGCUUCUUUCUAUUUUAGCCUCUGGUGAAGAUAAGCAAGAUGAUGAUCUCUUUGGCGAGGAAGAAGAAGAAGAUGAUGAUGAUGACGUUGAAAUGAUUGAUAUGGAUGAUGUAGAAGAAAUUGAUGAAGAGGAUGAGGGUGAAGUUGAUGAAGAAUUACGUCAAAAAGUAGAAGAAGCGAUGAGAGCACAGGGAGUUAAUGCUGUCGAUGGUGAAUCUGAUGAAGAGCUUUUGGAUGAUGAUGCCAUGACUGCAUUUGAUGAAAAAUUAGCUGAAAUAUUUAAACAAAAGAAAAUACUCAAGACUGAAAAGGCUACAACACAACAAAAUAUUGUUCAUUUCAAGAAUAAUGUGAUGGGACUUAUUAUUAUUUAUGCACGCAAGAAUCCUACAAAUCCUUUAGUAUUAACCUUGAUUGUACCUCUUUUGAAUAUUAUUCGUGCUACACCUGCCAAGUCUGUUACUAAUCAGUUUGUUGAAAAAGUAGUUGCUUUCUUGAAAAACCGACUUUCCAAAGCUACUAAAUAUCCCAAGGAGCAAGAUGAAUAUGUCUUUGAUAUUAUGCAAUCAGUUCAUGACUUUGCUAAACAUUCCACAUCUAAAGAGCUUUCUGAGAUGUGUGUUUCUCUUUCUCUUUAUUUGCGUAAAUGUAUUUUAGGAGGAUCUGACUUUGAGAUAAAUGAUAAGACACCUGCAAAUACAAAGAAGGCAGUUGAUAAAUUGCUUGCCAUCUACAGUGAAUCUGCUAAAUUAUAUCUCACUAAAAAGAAUACAUCCAUUCAUCCUAAUAUCAUUCAACACAUGAUUCAACGUUAUUCUUUUAGUUCAUGGGAUUUGUUGGAUACCUUUGUGACCUAUUUGGAUCGUAACCAAUGUGCCAAUGUCUAUAGACUUUCCAUGGUAUCUAAAUGGAUAACUAUGAUCCUUCAACAUACAGUUGGAAAGCAAUCCGAAUUAUAUAAUCAAAAAUACAUCCAACUUGUUCCCAAGAUUGCUAUAGCUGUUAAGGCAACUAUUGAGUUAUAUUCCCAAGAAGAUAAAAAGGGUUUAGAUCAUAAGAGUAUGAAAAACUACCAUAGAUUUGUAGCUUUCCUUAUUAGACUUCAUAAAAAGGUUGCAUCCAAAACAGAAGACUUGGAGACAGUGUGGGGUUCUGAAUUGAUCUCAGCGUUAUAAAAAAAAAAAAUACUAUAUGACUUUAGAAUUUUGUAAUGUACUUACUAUGGCCAACUACUGGUUAUUUAAAAAAAAAAUAAAAUAAAAUAAAAU